AUGGAAAUUGGACAUGUAAGAUUAUUAAAUGGAAAAGGGGGAUUGUCAGAGUCUUCAGUUCAAAAUGAUGUUCAAAUGAAUUUAUUGCCACAUCAACCUGUUCAUUUUAAUAGGGAUGGUACUAGUGUGAUUGUUGCACAAGCGUCAUGGGACAGUACACUUCAUGAUUCAAUAUUUUUGAAUCGAAUAACAACUUCUAAUAGUCGUGUUUUAUUAGGAUUAACAUGGUAUGUUGAGGCUGAAAAAUGUGUAGAACCCAUAACAUUUCACAUGGAUAUUGCAGUUCAAAUCCAAGGACGUGAAGCAAAACCACCAUCAAAAUUAACACAAUUGAUAAGUCAAUCAAAAGUGUUAUGGAAAACCAGCGGACUAUUUUCCAUUACACUUAAACCACCAAUGACACGUAAAAUUUCUGAGCUUUGGCGUCUCAAUACGGCCAACAAAUAUGUACGUGGAGAAGAAUUUUUAGGAGAUUGGAAAUCACGUGGUGUUUCAUUAGUUAAUGAUUACAAAAUGAUCAGUGAGACAAUAAGAAGAAAAGAGGCAGUUGAACAUACAAAGCAAGUAAUUGCGUUAUUAGAAGCUCGUAAUAAAUUAACUUCAAAUGAAAAAACGAAUAAAUGUGAUCCUACAGAGCUAACCAAAAAGACCCUAACACUUUGGAGGAAGAAGUGGGGAUUAUCCAAAGAGAUUGUUAUAAAUCAAGAACCACCACUUUCAGGACCAUGCACUGAUAUAGAUUCAUCAAGAUGUUCUAAAUCAGAAAAAUUGGUUGCACAAGUUUGCAUGGUUUCCAAAAUUGACACAAUAACCAAGAAAGGUUGUUUAUCUACUCCGGAAAAUUCAGAUGAUUUUUGGGUGAAACGUUGGUAUGUCUUAAGAAGACCAUACUUAUUUAUUUAUGAAUCACAAAAAGAAACUGAAGAACAAGGUGUAAUAAAUCUUGCAUCUGUUAGAGUUGAUUAUAAAAAAGAUUUAGAAAAUAUGCUUCAAAGACAAAAUAUUGAUCAAUUUUAUCAAAUAUCAUCUUUGGAAUAA